AUGGAAGGCUGUUUUUGGUGGAAAGAAAUGGAUUUCAAAAACACAUUAUUGACCGUGAAAACACCAGAAAGCCAGGAGCAGGAUCAUCACUUAAAAGAAAGCAGUCACCCUUCUCCUGAUUCAAGCGACUUCUGCAGGAUUUCUGAUCAAAAACCUUCCGUACCAGCAAUCUGUGGAGUAACGAAAGGUAUGACGAGUUUUGUUCCUUGUUUUAAUUUCACCUGUUAAAAUGAGAAGUGAUUCAACACCCGAAGAAUUGUGUUUAUUAGCAGACAUUAGUACAUUAUUUUCACCUGUCAACUUUAUCUCGAGACACGGAUUUGGCCAGCGAAAUAAUUUUAUAAUCACGACAGUAGGAUAACAGGUUAUCUGUAGCUUCUCAAAAAUUUUAUUUGUUUAGUCUUUUUAUGAAACUUUCUGCAAAACAUAACUGAGUUAAAUAUCUUUGACUUCAGAAUUAACCGUCACUCAAGUGAACAAAAUAGCUGCCUGAUAACGUAAAUCGUUUCCAAGUCAGUUCUACGAACCUUGUCUUGCUAGUUUAAAUUAUCUCGGGAUGCCGGAAACGCAAUUGCACUCCUGAAGUUUCGAACUUGAGAAAUUCUAUGUCGCACAUUAAAAGUAACAACACAACGGCUCUUUUAGGAGCCAUCAAGUUUAAUAUGUUAUGGCUGAUACAAAGUUAAGCUUAUGUAUCUUUAUAAUAACAUCGCUAAAACCAAUUUUUUUCUGAACGAUUUCUAAAUUGAUGCCAGAAGAAUCUGCUGCGAAACGACUUCGAUAUGCAGCGAAAUGACUUUGUAGCGAAACGACCGGUCAGCCAACCACGUGUAUGCAUUAAUAGGUGUCUCGUAAUUUCGCUACAAAGUUACAGUAAACUGUGAUCUAUAAUUUCUUGCUCUAUUAAUGAAUUAGGUUAAAAUAUUUCCAUAGUUAUUUUACGUGUUCAAAUGGGGAAUGAAGUGAGCUAAUAUGUUAUCGCAUACAUCAAUUUUGGAAAAAAAUGGAGGCGAAUCAACUAAACAGGAGUGCAGCGAAUUCUUGGUAUCAAUUGUGUGAUACAUUUCUCGGCCGGGCUUACUAAACGUUAUUGUACUUUUUUUUUUAUUCAGAGGCAGAUCUGAAGGAAAGUUCUAACAAGGUUAAAUCCAACAAAUCCCGAUCGUCUUUCUCAGUGGCACAGGUGUUGCACCUGGAGAGAGUGUUUGACCGUCAGAAAUAUCUGGGCUCCAGAGACAGACAAAAAAUUGCAGAGCAACUACAAAUGACUGAAGCACAGGUAACACAGUGGCAUCGAUAAUGUAAGGGGAGGGGAGGGGAGGGGAACGAGGGACCACAAUCACAAUCAGACAGUUUUAGUCAUCGAAUUUCGGGGAUGACUGGAGGGAUGUGUGAGUUACAGACUAAGGCAGAUUCUUCAAAUGACGGACAGCCUAGACGUGGAUAACGCAUUUGCUCUAAGCGUCGAAUCAAGUCAAGUCAAUUUUAUUUAAACUCACACAGAAUAAUGAUUAAUACAAAUUAGUGCUUUGGAAUAUAAAAUCGUGAGAUUGUGAAGGAAAAGAAAUUUUCAAUUGUAGGUUCAUUGUGCAGAGUUUGAGACACCUAAAUAGUUCGUGGAACUAAGCGAGUAGGGAGCUCAUGAGAUAACUCAGUUUAAGAUACUUAGAACACUGAUCUCCAUCAUCUUCUUGUUCUACUUCUGCAGGUGAAAACUUGGUUCCAAAACAGACGAAUGAAACAAAAGAGGAAGCGAUCGGAAGACGCUGAGAGGAGAGCCAAACUUGCCUUCAUCAACAGUUUAGCAUGGCCCCUGAACAGUGGUUACCAUGGUUACCAACCAUCCUAUGACUGUCAUUCUCCUACGUAUCCCGACACACCUCUCGUGCUGAGGUCAGAGCUUCACCCAAAGUACGCAUGCCCGCCGGCCUCGCCUUGGAGUGGUCUGCCUCCCUACUCGCCACCACCACCACCACCGCCAUAUUGGGCAAGAUACCCAGGAACAUACUGA